AUGGUCAGACUGGGGGUGGUAGACGCACACCACACGAAUAGGCACCAUACCGAUAUACUACUGGAACCUGUUCUUUCUUUCGAACAACAACUUCAGCUUUUUCCAGAAGAUAUUGACAGCGGAAAUCUUGAUCAUUUUGAAUCUUUGAAAGAGUACACGGAAAGCUCAUGUUGUAUUAUUGAUUUGGAGUAUUUUAUAUCGGCCAUUCAAUCCAUGAAAAAUUCGUUUAGUAGACGUUUUGAAGAUUUUCGAAAAUAUAAAUCUACGUUGAAGUUUUUGACAUCACCACUCAUAGUGGAGACUAGACAAAUUAAUUUUCCAUCGUUUCCAUCUGUUGACAAAAGACUAUUUUCAUUGCAAUUAAUAGAACUAAAAACCAAAGAUCUUUGGUCUACAAAAUUUGAGAAUUUGAAAAYAGAUAUUGAAAAUCUGGAAAGGGAAAAAAGGAUUUUUAGCUGCGAACCAUAA